UCACAUUCAUCAUCAUCAUCAUCAUCAUCGUCAUCAUCACAACCGAAACGUAAACAAUCAUCAUCAUCCAGAUCUAAUUUAAUGUUAGUUGGUCUUGAUGAAGAAUCAACAUUGAUCCAUCAACAACAAGAAUUACCAUCACCAUGUCGAUCACCACAGCCAUCUGUACGAACAACACCAACGAUGAUAACACCGACAAGUGCGGUGAGAAAAUUUCCACAGCUCAGUAUUGAUACGAGCCAUGCUCAAAAAUUAAUUCUAACCAGUACACAUCAACAACAACAACAACAACAAUCAUCAUCAUCAACAUCACCAGUGAAUAGCCAUUAUCAUACACAUGAAACCAAUAAUUUACAUAAUAAUAGUCAUCAAAUUCUAAAUGAAAGUGAUACACCAGUUCCAACGCCUCCUCCACCGCCCAAUAGUUUUAAACUACCUCUUCAUCAUCAUCAUCAACAUUAUGAAUAUCCUGUGGUCGUUGAUGAUGUUGAUGUUGAUGUUGAUGUUGAUCAUGAUCCUGUCCAUCCAGUACAAGGUUCAUCAACAGCUGUUUUUACCCAUCAUCAUCAUCAUCAUCAUGGAUGUGCUAUUCAUUCACAAUCAGUUGAUACGGCCCGAGCCUAUCAUCAUCAUCAUCAUCAUCAUCAUAAAAAACGUCGUCAUCGUGAUUCUAAACGACGAAGAUUUCGAUUUUCAUUUCGAACAAAAAAUUCUGUUGCUGUUUCAUUGGAAACCAUUCCAGCUCCUCCAAUAUCAGCAACCACAACAAAUAUACAUCCAAAUCAUCAUCAUCAUCAUACGGAACAUCAAUCACGAGCUUCUUCGAUUGCAUCAUCAACAUCGGAUCCAACCAGUUGUAAUUCAAGUUUAUUAGCCACACAACAAUCUAAUUCACAACGUCAACAAUCACAACAUCAAACGACCAUUGACAUACAUACAAAAAAACCAAAUGGUGGUCUAAAAUCAAAAAAGCUAAAAACUUUGAUACAUCCAUUGGAUCGUUCAAUAGUUGGCAUAUUUUUGCUGACAAUUUUUUUCACCAUAUUGGCAUUGUUAACCGGUGCGCCAACAGUACUGUUUUUGUUGAUAUUAUUGCCAAUAUUCAUCUUUAUAAAGCGAAUUUUUCAAUGUACAUUAUUCACAUCGAUUACCGAUCAAGAGCCAAUUUCAUCAGUUGAUUCAUUUUGGCUUCAAAAGGGACAUAUCACCCAUUGCCUAAUGUAUCUGGACAAAGGUUUGUCCAUACAACAACUUCGUGAUGUUAUUGCCACACGAUUGCUAACAAAGCCAGAACUUGCUCGUUUCAAAUCACGUCUCAUUCGUCGUGGAUUAUGUGGUUCACAAUAUUGGAAAUAUGAACCAGAAUUGAAUAAUUUUGAUGACCAUGUUAUCGAAGAUGAACCUAUCGAUUGUAAACGAUCAUUGCGCAAAAGAUUAAUGGCCUUUAUGGGUCAAUCAUUACCGAUGGACAAGCCUUUAUGGCAAAUCCGUUAUUCACUUGCUUCCUAUUGUGAUCAAGUUAUUCUCAUUAUUCGUGUUCAUCAAACCCUUUCACAAUCUGGCUUAGUAUCUAUUUUAACUCAUUAUCUUUGCGAUUCAGUACCCAUGUGUUCGGCUCAAAAAGCUCGUUUUGGCUCGGCCACUUUGUCUAUUAAUAUUUUACGUGCAAUCAUUGUUGGACCAUUAACAUUUUUUCUUUGGAUUAUGUGGGCGUUCACUCGUCGUCAUCACAACUAUUUAACCAAAGCUAAAGAAAUUAAAUCAAUACAUUGGUCAGCAUUAGAUUUACCAAAGAUUUACAGAAUCAAACAAGUGACCAGAAGCACUCUCAACGAUGUUCUAUUAGCCUGUAUUGCCGGUUCUAUACGUUCAUAUCUUACAACCAAAACUAAUAUUAUUAAUCCACCGGAUUUAACGAUUUCUAUUCCGGUCGAUAUCAAACCACAGACGCCAAUCGAAGCAAGCUUAACUGGAGUUAAUUAUGUUUUAACUUCAUCACCCAUACCAACAAAUACAGAGGGUGCUAUUCCUCGAUUGUGGGAAGUACGUCAUCUGAUGGAAGAGCUCAAAACUUCGGCCGAUACGGCAGUAAUGUAUGGUUCACAUUAUUUAUUGAGUCGAUUCCUGCCACAGAGUAUAUAUCGUGUGUUAAUGAAUUUGGUCAAUCGAAAUUCUUCGGUUUACAUGUCGAAUAUGACGGGUCCAGAGACUGCGUUAAGUAUUGGAUCACAUCGUUUAAAUAAAGUGUUUUAUUUUUUAUCACCGCCUUCAUACUGUUCGCUUGUAUAUAAUAUAUUCAGUUAUGAUCAAAAUAUUUACAUAUCAAUUGCAACCAGUUCAAAAUUGAUUACCAAUUCAAAGGAAUUGAUGCGUCAUUUUUGUGGUCAAAUUGAUACUCUUCAUGAAUUGUUAUCAAAACGACGUGUACCUGGUGAAUCAAAACGUACAAAACGUCCGAUGUUUCUUGGUGAUCAACUGGCUGCUCAACAGCAACAAUUAUAUGGUAAUCAACAAGCUACUUCACUAAUUGAAGUUCCGGCUAUUGCUGGGUCUGUCGAUCUUUCCGAUAAACUUCAUGAAAUUCAAGAUGAACUUAAUCAAUUAUCCGGAGCAUAUGAAAUGGGUGAUCCUGGAGUUGUUCAACGUUGUGAAGAAUUAAAAGAAGAAUUCACAACUAUAUUGUACGAAAUGCGUCGACGUAAAUCAUUGGCUGAUUAUGGUCAUGUUAGCAAUAUCGUCAUCAAUAUAGAGAAUCAAGAUGACGAUGAUAAUGAUGGAGAAUUGAGAACCAUAGCACCUCGUAGAUUUUCCGUUGUUAGUAUUGGUCGUCGUGCAUCGAUUGUUUCAAGUUUACCAACAUCAUCACGAGUGACACCACCCAUAUUGUCAAGACGAUCAAUGGCUACUAGUCCAGAACCACCAUCUAGUCCAGAAGUUGCAUUCAAAGUGGAAACAGAAUGUUAAACAUGAAAAAAAAGUGAAUAAUUCCGAACCAAUAUGAAUAAAAUCUGUGAUAUUCAUAAAAGUUUUUUUUUGUGAAAAUUUAACUAUAAUAUAAAUUCUUUAUUGUUAUUUCUUAUUCAUCAAAUUUUGCCCUAUUAUUAAAAAUCUAUGCCCAUAUAAUAAAGAUUACUUUUUAGUUUAUUUGAA